GGUGGGGGUGAAGGAAGGAGUGAGGUUGGAGUUUGUCGCCGAUUCGCGUCAAAACUCAUCCGAGAUGUCCCGUGGAAGCAGCGCCGGUUUUGACCGGCACAUUACUAUUUUCUCUCCUGAAGGGCGGCUUUAUCAAGUCGAAUAUGCCUUCAAAGCCAUCAAUCAAGGUGGUUUGACAUCCGUUGCACUGAAAGGAGUGGACACCGCAGUUGUAGCAACCCAGAAGAAAGUCCCUGACAAGUUGUUGGAUCCCAAAACUGUCACUCACUUGUACAAGCUGACAGAUAGCAUUGGCUGUGUUAUGACUGGUCUCAUUGCUGAUAGCAAGUCUCAAGUGCAGCGCGCCCGGUAUGAGGCCGCCAACUGGAAGUACACAAAUGGCUAUGACAUGCCUGUAGACGUUCUCUGCAGACGCAUUGCUGAUAUCUCUCAAGUUUAUACUCAAAAUGCUGAGAUGAGACCACUUGGCUGCAGCAUGGUACUUAUUGCUUAUGAUGAGCAAAAUGGUCCGUGUGUGUACAAAGCUGAUCCGGCAGGUUAUUUCUGUGCUUAUCGUGCAGUCAGUGUUGGUGCUAAGCAGACUGAAGCUAAUUCUUUCUUGGAAAAGAAAUUCAAGAAAAAGUCACAGUAUACUCAUGAUGAAGCUAUUCAGAUGGCCAUUUCAUGUCUGUCAUCUGUCCUGUCCGUUGACUUCAAACCAACAGAGAUAGAAGUCGGUGUUGUUUCCAAGGAGGAUCCAAAGUUUGUUAUUCUGUCCGAAGAGGAGAUUGACAAACACCUCACAGCUAUUGCUGAAAAAGAGUAAUCAUCCAACCUCAAAUUGCUUAAGUUUUACUUUAUCCCAUGCUAUUUUUACACAACUGUAUACAGUUGCUAAUAAACAACUUUUGUGAGACUUUA